AUGAUUACUUGGUUCGAUAACGUCAUUGUUUGUUUUCCUUUCAUUCACGUGUUGUUUUACUUUUUCAUUCAUUUGUCUGCUUUCCUUUGUUUUUUCUUUUUCGGUUCUUUCUUUCUUUCUUUCUUUCUUUCUUUCUUUCUUUCUUUCUUUCUUUCUUUCUUUCUUUCCCGCACGCACUUUUCCUGCGAUUGUCUUUAUCCCGAUUCCGUUUUUCUCUCUCAGUUUUUCUUUCUAGCCCUGUCAGCUCUUUCUUUCUUUCUUUCUUUCUUUCUUUCUUUCUUUUUUCUUUCUUUCUUUCUUUUCCAAUUACACUUUCCUCUGUCAUUUCUUCUUCCUUCCCUUUCAGUUUUCUUUUUUUCUUUCUUUUUCAAUUACACUUUUCUCUGUCAUUUUUCUUUCUUUCUUUCCUUUCUUUCUUUCUUUCUUUUUCUUUUCUUUUUUUUUUUUCUUUCUUUUCCAAUUACACUUUUCUCUGUCAUUUCUUCUUUCUUCCCUUUCAGUUUUCUUUUUUUCUUUCUUUCUUUCUUUCUUUUCCAAUUACACUUUCCUCUGUCAUUUCUUCUUCCUUCCCUUUCAGUUUUCUUUCUUUCUUUCUUUUUCAAUUACACUUUUCUCUGUCAUUUCUUCUUUCUUCCCUUUCUUUCUUUCUUUCUUUCUUUCUUUUUUUCUUUCUUUUCCAAUUACACUUUUCUCUGUCAUUUCUUCUUUCUUCCCUUUCAGUUUUCUUUCUUUCUUUCUUUCUUUCUUCUUUCUUUCUUUCUUUCUUUCUUUCUACACUUUUCUCUAUAUUAUUUCAUUAAUACCUUUCUUUCUCUUCUUUCUUAUUAUUUAAUUUAUACGUUCUUUUUUGAUAUUAUUUCAAUAAUAUAUUCUCUUUCUUUUUUCUUUCUCAUAUAUUAUUUCAUUAAUGCCUUUCUUUCUUUCUUUCUUUCUUUCUUUCUUUCUUUCUUUCUUUCUUUUCUUUACCAGAAGUAUCACUCACAAACACAUCUAUCUAUCUAUCUAUCUAUCUAUCUAUCUAUCUAUCUAUCUAUGCUCUACAUUACAUCUACGAUAAACACUGUUGUCUCCUUCAAAGAUUGCUUUCGCCUAAAUAUUUACCGUCUCUCUCAAAACGAUUGUCAACGGCAAAGUAGCAUACGACUUACGGAGGUAGUAUGA